ACUGUACACGCGGGCGGACGUCGCUCGCGACCGUCAAUGCACAUACAGCCAAAUAAUUACACAAAUAAUGAAUAAAAAAAUAUAGUGACACAGAGGAGAUUGAAUAAAAUCUUAUUAAUUAACAUUACAAAAGUAUUUAUUCUGUUUUCAGUCGCCGGAUACUACAUACAAUUGUGUGGAUUCUCUUGUUUUUGGCACCUGUACAUCCAAUCAUCUUCAUACUCAUAUAGAGAAGUAAAGUGAGCGUCAGCGGUACAGAAAAUGUUUCUGAAUGCGCCAUCUACCGGCUGUGAAGCGAAACGCCCAUUCUUAUGUCAUGGUGGAAGAUGUUAGUGAGCAACAUGGCAGAGAAGGUCAGCUGAUUAGAGAGUCGCGCGCGCAGGCCUCAGAGCAAGCGGCGGAUCAAGCACAUCAUGCAGGUGUUCGGUGAGUGGGCUCAGGUGGAAGUGGUCGAGUUGGUAAACGAUGGGUCCGGACUCGCAUUUGGGAUCGUUGGUGGCCGUUCCUCAGGCGUCGUGGUCAAAAGCGUGCUACCUGGUGGCGUCGCAGACAGGGAUGGCCGCUUGCGCAGCGGGGAUAUGCUCCUGCGCAUCGGCGCCGUGUCGGUGGUGGGCAUGUGUGCGCGGCAAGCGGCCGCCGUGCUGCGACAGUGCGGCGUGUGCGUGCGACUGCUUGUCGCACGACCGGCGCAGUCGAACGCGAUACCCCCCUCGUUGCAGUCGCUGGGUGCGUCGCAGGCGCCGGUGGUGCCCUCUAGACUACUGGCCGACCCCAUCGAGCUGGAGCGAAGGUUGGCCGAAGCAGGGCACGAUGGGUUCGGUGCUCUGUGUGAAGACAGCACUCCCCCUUCACCGCCACCUACUAUUAUCGAAGAGAGGCUGCACCAUAGACCAGUUGCGUCAAUCGUGGCGGUGGUACCACGGGGCGCGCUAGCACCAGCGCCGCGACCUCCGCCCCUCAUACUGGCACCGGCGGACCCGCAGCCACCACCCAUGAGGUUACCAUUAGAUAUGGCAGUGAGAGGUACUGGAGAACCCGAGACCCUUAGCUAUGAAGUCGAGCUGAGUAAGGAUUCGGCUCUCGGACUUGGCAUCACUGUUGCUGGAUAUGUUUGUGAACAGGAGGAACUGAGCGGUAUAUUCGUGAAAAGCAUCAGCGAAGGCAGCUCUGCGGACCUUUGUGGCAAAAUACAAGUCAACGACAGGAUUGUCGAGGUGGACGGUGUUUCGUUACACGGUGUAACGAAUCACAGAGCAGUGGCGCUGCUCAGAGACGCCAAGGGUCCAGUUGUUCGACUUAAAGCAUUAAGGUACUUACGCGGUGCGGGGUUUGAGAAGUUACAGCGAGCAUUAGCAGCGCAAGAUGGCAGACGGUCGCCGAUUGCACCGCCAAGUCCUUCAGUCACAUCGCUCGCCAAAUAUAGUUUUAGUGUGUAUGACGAGUCGACGGUGAUCGAAGCGGAGCCAGAAUCCGAGAUCCAGCCGCAUCUGCCGUCACCCACGUCUCCUUCGGAGGAGGCGGAGAUUGUGAUAGGUCGCGACGAGGAGACCCCGCAGCGGGACGCCAGGAGGAUACAGGACAAGUGGCGGGACAUACUGAGGAACGAACACGACUGGCCCGGCAACCAGUAUCAGUAUGAUAUUAUUGUAGGUACAAUAAUGAAAGACAAGGAGAGCGGGCUAGGCAUCUCACUGGAGGGCACGGUGAGGGUGGUAGCUGGCAAGGAGGUGCAGGCGCGUCACUACAUACGGGCGAUCGCUCCCAAUGGACCUGUGGCCAGGCUUGGCAUCUACAAAGUCGGUGAUGAACUGUUAGAGGUAAACGGUUGGCGAGUACUAGGCGCCCACCAUGUGGAACUGGUGACCAGACUGAGGGCUGUGCAGUCACCUGUCACUCUGGUUGUUGUGAGGAAACGGAACGAGAAGAGGCCCGGACCGGAACCCGGAUAUGCCAGGAAUCAAAUCCUCGGCGACAGUCUACAGGACCUGUUAGCACCGCCUCAGCGGCUGAUAAAAGCCAAGUCCGAGAGCUCAGUGGCGUCGCUGUGCAGCGCCGCAACCGUUCUAUCUGCCGGUCAUGAUCACGACGAGUUCUGCAGUGAAUCGCUAGAACGGAACAGAUCCAGAUCCUUGGAGCCUUUAAGUGGGCUGGCGAUGUGGAGCGACCGUGUUCAGUACAUACAGCUGCAGAAGGAAGAGAGGGGGCUCGGGUUUUCCAUACUCGACUAUUUGGACCCGUCGGAGCCGGGCAGCUCGGUGAUCGUGGUGCGGUCGGUGGUGGCGGGCGGCGCGGCGGCGGCGGACGGCCGCCUGGCGCCCGGCGACCGCCUCGUCUCCGUCAACGGGCGCGACGUGUCGCGCAGCCCGCUCGCCGCCGCCGUCGCUGCAAUCAAGACUGCACCCAAGGGAAUUGUAACUAUAGGCGUAGCGAAGCCAUUACCUUGCAGUACCGUAGUUGGGGGCGAGAAGGCGAACGGACACAGUACACAGAGCAGUCAGGAGUGUAUAAACUCCUUGGCUUCGGAUGAUCACACUGGAAUGGACUCAUUCCAUGAAUGCCUCCAGGAAUACGGUGAAGGCCUUGAAGUGGUUCAAAUAUGUCUAGAGCCAGAGGAAUCUUCAUUAAAGGACGAGGAACUAUCUGCAUUUGGCGACCUCAGUUUCGAAGACUGUAAAAAAAGCGAUAGUAUUAAAAACAAUAAAGAAGAAAAGCUAAAUGGAGUAACUGAUAUGAAAUCGUCUGAUGACUCAUUGGAUGAGCAAGAUGACGAUAUGACAAUAACAGAAGACGAUGUUCUCAAUAUGCCAAGAGAAUUAAAUAUUAGAAGUAAAUCAGUCGAUAGAAACGAAGUAGAAGGAAAAAGGUCUUUAUCUAAACAGCAGAGCAGAGAUUUAUCGACGUCAGACGAAAUGGUGUUUGCUGUUACACCGACCGGGCUAGAAAGGAUCAGUUAUGACAAAUAUUGGAAAGAAUGUGAUGAAAAUAAAAUUGAAAAGACUGUUUUAGAAAAAGUAAAAAGCAACGAAAGUUGGAAAGAAUGCCUCAAUUCACCCACCGACGAAACUAGCAGUUUUUACGAUGCAACUACAAGAAUCUCCGUCCAGGAAGAAAACAGUUCUCUAUUGUUUAUCGACCACGAGAUAGAUGGAUACGAAACAUGUCUCGACGAAGAUUCUACGUCCAUCAAGUGUACAGUUAAAAACGCUCGUAAAACAAACGGCGAUCAUCACAUCAAAGAGUCGCGUAAACACGAUAAAAUAGCUGUUAAAAACAAAGACAACGAUGUUAGUGCCAAAACUGCAAAUGUACAGAACACUGCCAAUACCGUAGAAGACUUGUCGUCUUACAGCCACCCUUAUGUACAGGAGCAUAUUAUAAAACAAAUGAAAUCAUUGAGGAUAGAACCGCUAAAUAUAAAUAUAAGUAGUAAUAAACUAAAGAAACGCAGCCCAACUAAACCGUCCAAGAAUGAACGACGACAGUGCGUCGAGUAUUACAACGAUCAGGCGGAGUGUUUAAAGGAGAUUAGGCAGAAGAAAUUAGAAGAGGAACAGAGGAGGCAUAGAGAGGAACAGAAGAUAUUGGAGAGAAAAAUUGUGACUAUGGAGAAGAAGUUGCAUUUUCAGAGGCAAGAACCGAGUGAAGAAUCGACAGAUAUCGAAACCAAUUAUGUGCCGGGAUGCCAUAAGUGUUUUUUGGAGAAUUAUGCGUAUGCUAUAACUAAAGCGUAUAUGGCGGAGGCGAACGCGUGCAAAUAUUGUGAAGUGAUUAGGGACAUGUUAGAACCACCCAAGAACAUUCCUGAUAGGCGAAUGUCGGCUCCUGCUUUGGUCAAUUUGGACAGUGGUGGUUCAGAGACUGAUGAUGAGGACUUUUUGUUGCCGCCAGUGGUGAAGGACAGGCGAAAGUCCGCCGGUCCCCUCAAGUUCCUGGUGCCUUCCAGGAGACCUAGUUACAUUCCACAAUCAGCGAUGACGGUGACAGUGUCCCCCGACCGGCGCGAGACGCUCGUAGCCCAACGGUGGGGUGCGCCACGCCGGGUCACACUGAAAAGAAGUCCCGGAGCACCUUUGGGAGUCAGCAUUGUUGGUGGAAAGGUCGACAUCGUGUCUAAUCAAGAUGGCGAAGUUGGGGAUGAGAAAGCAAUUUUUGGUAUUUUCAUCAAAAACGUCGUGCCUGAAAGUCCAGCUGGUAACAGCGGCGAAUUACAAACAGGGGAUCGUAUUUUGGAAGUAGACGGUGUAUGCGUUCGCUCCGCGCCCCACGAGCGAGCAGUGCAGCUGAUCAGAGCAGCCGGUGAUGUGGUCACCCUCACAGUCCAGAGUCUACUAGCAUGGAACACAGACUCUUCAGAUAUGGAAGCGUCGUCUCCGCCUAUGUCGCCAGUUCAUUCGGUGCAAUCAGCUCGAAAAUCACCAGUUCCAAUACCAGCAGUAAACAGAACACCACAGCAUGAGAUCAAGAUAACAGUAACAUCGGAUGGAGACACUGAGAACGGAAAAGAAACUGAAGUGGAAACAGAAAAAGAAGAAUCAAAAGAUUCUACAUCAGAAGAACAGAAAAAACCGGUGUACUCCGAUUCGGAGAGUAGCGACGAGGAAGACGAAAGAGAACUUGGUGGGAGAAUAUAUUCAGAGAAAGGUGUAGAGAUCGACAGAGCAUCAGCGGGAGCAGUGAAACGCAGUAAAGAAGAGAAAGAAGCAGACACCGAGGAAGAAGACGACUUCGGAUACACAAGCAGUGAGUGGAAAGAUACAUUAUUCACUCUUAUCAAUUUCUCUUUUUAUCUUGUUCACGUAUACUUUUACGCGUGCCUUAUCGAACACAAUAGGUGACGGGUCGUCAGCUAGUAGUUUUAUAUUAGAAGAAGAAUGUGAUAUAAAAAGAGAUAUGCUCGGAUUCUUUAAAUACUAUGGAAUAUAUUUAUUUUUAUCAACUAGGUGAGCUUUACAACCUCCCAAUAUGCCCAGGAAAAUAUUGUACUAGAAUAAAUACUGUAUAACUAUACAAUAAUAAUAUAAAUAACAUCUAAGUACUAUAAAUAUUAAUAACAAUACCUUUAAAAUAAUACUUAAAGAUAAAAAAAAUCUUUGAGGUCACUGCCAACUGGUA